GCAGAGACGAAUGAAUGAACACCAAUCAGCCAUCACUAGCCAAGCCUCUCUUAGCGCGUUUUCUCAUAGGUAUUUACACGAAAAACGACGCAUCUGAAUUCCAGCCAAUCGCAAGUCCAGGUUCGUAAAAAAAGCGGAGCCAAUUCGAGGCGUGGAACGCAGCGUGUGUCGGAAGCGGGCCUGCUGAACAUUGCGGGGAUUACCUGCUGACGGCCUUCAACUUCCUCUUCACCAAGAUGGCGGGCGACGAGCCGGGAGUGACUCUGGGACAGCCCCAUUUAUCCAGACAGGACUUGGCCACCUUGAAUGUUUCUAAACUGACACCGCUCUCGCCAGAAAUCAUCAGCCGGCAAGCCACAAUUAAUAUAGGCACCAUAGGUCAUGUAGCCCAUGGGAAAUCAACUGUAGUCAAAGCAAUAUCUGGGGUUCACACUGUCCGGUUUAAAAAUGAGCUGGAGAGAAAUAUUACCAUCAAGCUGGGAUAUGCCAAUGCCAAGAUUUACCAACUUGAUGAUCCUAGCUGUUCUCGACCUGAAUGCUAUCGAUCGUGUGGGAGCAGCACUCCAGAUGAGUUUCCAACCGAUAUACCCAACACCAAGGGCAACUUUAAAUUGGUCAGACAUGUUUCAUUUGUCGAUUGCCCAGGCCAUGAUAUUUUGAUGGCUACUAUGUUAAACGGUGCAGCUGUCAUGGAUGCAGCUUUGUUGUUAAUAGCUGGCAAUGAGUCCUGUCCACAGCCUCAGACAUCAGAACAUCUGGCUGCUAUAGAAAUCAUGAAAUUAAAACACAUUCUAAUUUUACAAAACAAGAUUGAUUUGGUAAAAGAAAGUCAAGCAAAAGAACAAUAUGAGCAGAUACUUGCGUUUGUACAAGGCACAGUGGCAGAAGGAGCACCUAUCAUUCCAAUCUCUGCUCAGCUAAAGUACAAUAUUGAAGUAGUUUGCGAAUACAUAGUAAAGAAAAUCCCUGUGCCUCCACGAGACUUCAUUUCUGAGCCGAGGCUCAUUGUCAUUAGAUCUUUUGAUGUCAACAAACCAGGAUGUGAAGUUGAUGACCUUAAAGGUGGUGUGGCUGGUGGCAGUAUUCUUAAAGGGGUAUUAAAGGUGGGUCAGGAAAUCGAAGUUCGGCCUGGUAUUGUCUCAAAAGACAGUGAAGGAAAACUCAUGUGCAAGCCAAUUUUUUCCAAAAUUGUGUCUUUGUUUGCAGAACACAAUGAUCUACAAUAUGCUGCUCCUGGGGGCCUUAUAGGUGUUGGUACCAAGAUUGAUCCAACUUUGUGCCGUGCUGAUCGUAUGGUGGGUCAGGUUUUAGGAGCAGUUGGUGCUCUUCCUGAAAUUUUCACAGAGCUGGAAAUCUCCUACUUCCUUUUGCGGCGACUUCUUGGUGUGCGCAUUGAGGGGGAUAAGAAGGCUGCAAAGGUACAAAAGCUAUCUAAGAAUGAGGUUCUGAUGGUCAACAUUGGUUCUUUGUCCACUGGUGGUCGUGUUAAUGCAGUCAAAGCUGACUUGGCAAAAAUUGUUCUGACAAAUCCAGUGUGCACAGAAGUAGGAGAGAAAAUUGCCCUUAGCCGAAGAGUGGAAAAACACUGGCGUUUGAUUGGAUGGGGCCAGAUUAGACGAGGUGUGACAAUCAAGCCAACAAUAGAUGAUGACUAGACGUCAGCAGACACCAGCAUUGUCAAACGUUUUUAGAAGAAACAUGCCCUAUACGUAUUCAGGAAUUGGAUUAACGAAAUCACUGCAGCAAGACAUUUACAUUCAUGGUCCCAUUUUCUAAUUUAUAAUCGAGUUGUUCUCAGCCUGAGAAUUGCUCUUCGCUUUCUACAAAUGCCUUUUGGCAUGUAACUCCUCAAUUAGUAUGUUUUUGUUAAAGAGUAACCUUCUCCCUGAAGUGCCCAUCGACUUCAGGACCUCACCCAUAAAUAAAUGUCAUUAAAAUAAACUUUAAAAGACCAAA